AUGGCGGGGAUGGCUUUGGUUCUUGAUCUGCUCAAGAGGAACAACCACGGGGGGUGCGUCUCCGCCAAGUCGGUCCACUCGUGCGGGCUGCUCUCAGCCGCCGUCGCCGCGUCCGUCGCCGCGGCUGCUUCGAGGCCCUUUUCCUCCGGAGGCAUUUUCAGGUGCGCGUCCGAAUCUGUCCGGCCUUUUCUCUGGCUUGCGUGUGUAUCCUGUCUCCCGGUUCUGGAUUGUUGGUGAUAAUGUGAUUGCUUGAUCCGAAAGAGCCUUCAGAUUCUGGUCUUUAUAUUACUAAGAUUUGAGAGUUAAAAUGGGUGUACUUUAUGGUUCUAUUGCUCUAAACUUCAUGUGCGUGAGAUUCAAAAUGCGACAAAUCUCCGACGCAGAUGAAUAUUUGUUUAUGAUGCUUCCGUUAUACUCUGAGUGGUCUUUCUCUUUCCCUUUUUGUUAACAAGCCUUUCCGAACGAAAAAUGUUUUUCAUGAAUCUCACAUUGUGCGGUCUAGCUUUUUUCUUUGGAUGUGGAACCUUUUAGCUGAGGCUUUUGGGAUCCAUUCUGAAUGCCUAUUCCCUUUUUGGUGGGCCUUUACUCAUUUUUAUGGAUUAGUGAUUACAAGUAAAGAUCCAUUCUGGAACCUUUGUAGAGGAUUAGGGAGGUUUACUCCUUUUCUAAUAAAAAAAGGUUUAUGGAUAAAUUUUGGUGGAUCUUUACUUGUAUCAUAUUUCAUACUGGCCCACUUUAACACCAGGGGUUCCUUCGGGAUUAUCAUAUUUAGGGGAAUAAACCGAGCACGAAUGGAUUCUAAGGAUGUGACCACACUUCUAAGGGUGAGCAGAUUGUGGAGACUGAAUAUGCGUUCUUUACGAGAGCAUUCUUGUGGCCAUAUGAGACGGUGCUUUUCAAAUGCAUUGUGAUGAUUGAAAAGUUCUUGGAAUAAACAUCCAAAGAUUUAAGGCCUUCAAAUCUGAGUUCUAUAAUAUUUUUUUACCAGAGUAUGCCUUUUGCUUGAGAUAGUGAUUUAGUCUCGCUCGGGAAUUGCAUAUAAUUAAGUUGAAGAUUCUUGAAUAUUUUCUGUGAACGUGAAAUCAAUUUGUUCUCAGUGCCACUUCCUGGCCGAUCUAAUCACAAUAUGGAUCUGAUUGGACCUGCUCGACACUGAUGUCCAAUCUGAUUCUGCAAGUUAGUCUAAGUUGUCUCCACAAAACAGAAAAGUGGUUUCGAAUGUGGGCCGUUGAGAUAAGAGGCUUAGGUAGGGCCUUCAGUUCUCGCAAUCAAGGUGUUGUAUAUCUUCACUUGUACUUCCACUUCGUUGCCGGGAAGAAUGUUUUUUCUGUAGAAGCUUUCAUUGAGGACUCCUCUGUUUACAGAACACUAAAAUUAGAGUUUUUCCAUAAGAAAGUGAAUGAGUCACUUAUUUUCAGCUUGUCAAAAAGAGGAAUGACAGCCUUUUUGCUGACAUUCUCUAUGAUUUAGUUUAUUUCAGCUAUACUACUUUUUUCUGACGAUUUGCCUUUUUAUAUUUCAGUGGUAAUGGAAUAUCAGUCGCCUUGUGUGAUGCUGGUGCUGCAUGGACAGAAGAUUACAUCCCUAGCAUAGAAACCGCUUACAAAAAUGUCCCUUCUGGGAAAACUUCCUAUUAUGAUUCUCUCAACUAUACUACAAAGGAAUACCCCAUACAACUGAAGCCUCUAUUUUCAGCGUUUGGGCUGAAGUCUCUCGCAAUAACCUCACUGAGGUCCUUUUUAAUGUUCUAUUUGCCUCUGUUGGAAUCUUCCCCACCUGUGGACGAUGACGACGAUUUUGUGCAAAAUCCUCCGGAAGACAAUCCUGUAGAUUUGGUUGUCCCCUUCAAAAAAUCGCUAAAGCAAAUUGCACGUGAGGUACUUUUUUUUCCAAAAUCAUAUUUUCCCACUAGAGAAUUUUUAGAACCGACAUAAUAUAGUUCUAUCAGGCUGUCAUAUAGUAUGGAUUUGAUUUUUUUAAAAAUAAAGUUAAAAUGAAAUUGAUUCUAUGCUAAGGUUCUCCUGAAUCCAAAAUAUGCUGAGCAGUUCUUAUGUAGUUUAAUUAGUGUCUAGAGCAAACGCUUUUUCUUUUCAAAAUAUGCUACCAUUGGCAUUCUAUAUUAUGCUUAUGAAGUUUCAGCAAAUGACAUCCUGUAUUAUUAGGAUGAGAGCAUUUUUUUCCUAAUGUUUUAUGGUGGUCGUCUUUUAAUGGUUCCGUUUUUCUCCUAUUACCUCAUCUUUACUGGUAUAUAUCCGUCAAACGUGUCAAGACAUCUUCAUCUUUUAGUGGUAUAUAUUUUUAAAUUCUCUCUAAGGCGAACUUUUCGAAAUAUGUCAGUACUAAGGCGAACUUAAAACCUGACCAAUUUCAUGCUUUUGCUUACUUUCGUAUUUUCAGUCAUCAGUAGUCACAACAAGGCGGGUGCUGGAACGACUUGCUGUUAAUUAUGUUUCACAAAGAAUGGCGUGGAAACUUCUUAAAGGUAGGCCGACGUUUUUAAGGACAGUACCGUUUCCCUUGGUUGCUUUGGGCAUUCCACGUGCUGCAAGGCCACAAUAUUUAGAACAGAAAAAAUUACUAAUGGCAAUGUUAUUUCGUUUACUUCUAGUUUUCCUCUAUGUUUGAGAGUACGGUCAAGGGGAAGAGAAAAGACUAGUCCAGAUAAAAAUGCUUGACAUUUCGCAAGAUAAGCAUUUGAAAUACUUUUCAUCCUUUCUUCUGUUUUCUAAGCUUAGUGAAAAUUAUGGCGAAGAGCCAUCUUUACUCUUAUGGUUCUCUACGUUGUCUGGUUUUUUUGGCUUCCUCAUUUACUAAAAUUGGUCAUUUGAUGAACCUUAAGCGGGUAAACUGAUUUCAUAUACUUUCAUUUAUGGGGAAAAGGACGUUUUUAGCCCUCACGUCUGUGUCUUCUGAAGUAUUGGUUUGGAAUUAGUUGUGCGUGUACCACCAUGUAGAGUAUAAGGUUGUAGUUUACAAAACGGGUUUUUUUUUUUCUUUUAACAUCUUUUUUGCUUCCAUGGUUGCCAGAGGAAUAUUUUGUGCUGAUUAGAAAGUAGAUGAGAGUAACCACACUCGUCAAACAACAAUUUUUCAUCUUUAAAUCAGUUUAAAUACAUUUAUCGAAGACGAAAUGCUUCUGUUCUAUCUUCAAAAAAAUGAAUGUGCUCUUUUAUCACCAGUGGCAUGUGCAUAUUAUUCAGUUUUCUUUCUUCAUACCAUUGUAUUCGGCAUUUCAUUGUCUAGUGCAUUGAAUUUUCAUGAUGAUAUUUCCAUUUCCUAUUAAAAUGACUUGGCCAUGUAGUUUUAUAAUCUCGAAAACGGCAUUUGCGAUUUCUCCUACUUUGAUAAAUGAACAGUACGGGCACUACCUGUGAUUUCUCUUACUUCAGACUCAUUUCAGUGUUGUAGGAUGAAUUUCGUCCACGAUGGUUGGUUUUCCGAAUGAUUUGGCCGUUUAGUCCAUUGUGACAGGAACCGAAUCCUGUGAUAUUCUCGUUUAUUUGCAUGCCUCUCACAAACAUUCUCAUAAUCGCGAUGCCCACAUGUAUGAAUCAAACAUGGAUCCCUAGGGAGUUUAAAUGUAGAUAUAGUGAGAGAGGGAGCAAGAGUAAAUUCUGACCACAUCCAGUAUCUCUCUGUAUCCGGUCACUGUUUAGUGUGUUUACUAGCACUUAAAAGAAGCACAGUUGUUGCUAAUUAAUCUAUUAUUCUCCUGUUCACUGCUAUGGAUCCGAAGAUAUAUAUCACCCGUUUCAAUUAUUCAUGCAAUUGGGCCUUGCAGAUGCCUCAAGAUCUGCAAAACGCAAGGCUGGGAGGGGAAUGCCUGCCACGGUCUUCAUCUACAGCGUUGGCAGAACGACCUUGAGAGGUUUCCUCCACACUACAGCGAUUAUCUUGAGCGGUGUCAUAUAGCCCAUGAGAGACUGCUAUUCCCGACGGUGAACGUCGUUUCUCUUCUUGCAGGGCACUGUUUAGGUGUGGCUGCUUCGUGGAUCAUCCAAAUGGGGAUUGACGUAUACAGAUGCUUGUUUCGUAGAUCUGAUAAUAAUGAAGAAGACGCCACCACGGCAGAGAAGCUCCGGUGCCUUCAGAAGAGGAUCUAUGGUGCAACAAUUCGAUGCAGCGCCUCAUUAGUUUUUGCAUCUCUUGGAGCAGGGAUCUUUGCUUAUUUCCACCCUUCAAUUGGGCAGUGGAUCGGUAAGAAAUAUCUCUGACUUAUCUUGAAAUGGAAAUACUUUCCAAUUUAUUUCUGUAUAUUAGUCAACCAUCUGAUACAGUCUGGCUGGUGCGAGUGGCCACUAGAACAGGGGUUUUGAGAGGGCUUGUAUCAGUUGACUUUGCGCUGAUACCUCCUGGUCUGGACUGGAUUCGGGAUGACCUCUCUGGCCAUGUGGGGUGUUUUCACGUAUCAUGCAUAUAGGUUUUUUUUUUUUUGUUUUUUUGUUUUUUUUGGGUUUGCAGAAAGGUGAUGUGGUGACACCUACUGGGCCCUGGCCAUUGACUUUAUGAACUCCACCGGUAUCGGUCUGACUUUUGUAAGCUGAUCUUCAGUCCUGGUGAAUAUUCUUCGGAACCUCUUUGAAAAGAUUUGUUCACAUCGUCUAGGUUGAGAAUUCUUCUAAGUUGUUGAAGACUUCUGCUUGCUAAUGAAUAAUUGUUGUAGCCUUCUUCUGUUGACUAAGAAACCUUCUGAUCCGACCAUCUACCAUGGUUAAAAUUUCUUUGCCGCAUCAUCACCACCCUGAUUUGACCCAAGUUUUCGGAUUCUGACGACCCAAAUCUGCUACUGAUUUACCUAAUCAUGGGUUUUAUGAUUCCAUUUCCAGAAUGACAACUGAGAUUUUCUGGUUUACUUGGGUAUUUACAUAAUGACCCAAAAUUUUCUGGGCUAGUUUCCAAGAUUGAAUCCAGAUAUCUUCCAACGAUGAACCUGGAAGAUCUUAAGGAACUAGGGUUUAUCUUUGAAGAUGGUGUCUCAGCUCCUAUUACACAGCUCUUGUACAAAAAUCCCAAUCCUUUCCAUUUCUUGAAUUCUGUCAGAAGUUUUCUUCAAUCUUCUGUAGAGCCAACAGUGUUUUAUAUUUUAUGAUCUAUAAUUGACUGAUGCUCAUUCUCUCUCUCCUCUCUCUCUCUCUCUCACACACACACACACAUACACACACACUGUGACUGUCUUCUCGCAGGCUGUGCACUGGGAGACUUUGGAGGACCCAUGGUUGUUUCAGUUUGCUGCAAGAGGUUUCUUGAUCUGGAAAUCUAA